AUGUGUACGACACUUCGAAAAAGUAUUGAUCUAAGAUUCCAUGCGCAGAUUUCACUGUCAGGGGGAGUCAGUCGUGUGCGCUUACCCUGCCUGUUGUGUCUGCUUCAGGACUAUUACAAGAUCCUGGGCGUCAGCAAGGAUGCCUCGGACACAGACUUGAAGAAGGCGUAUAGAAAGCUUGCUAUGAAGUGGCACCCCGACAAGCACGCAGACGCAGACGCCAAGAAGAAGGCCGAGGCCCAGUUCAAAGAUAUUGCAGAAGCCUACGAUGUGCUCUCCGAUAAGGAAAAGAGACAAAUCUAUGAUCAGUUUGGAGAGGAAGGCCUCAAGAGCGGCGGCUCUCCGAGUGGAGGUGGCGGACCGGGCGGGCCCCGCGCCAAUUUCGUGUACCGCGAGGUGGACCCGAGCGAACUCUUCUCCAGGUUCUUUGGCAGCGACCGCAUGUUUUUCGGAGGCGACGAUGAUUUCGGUCCCUUCGGAGGCGUCGGCAUGGGCGCACACGGCGCUGGAUUUCCAUUCCGCAUGCACCACGCGGGCAGCAGCGGCAGUUUCGGCGCGCGCGGCCCGUCUAAACCCAAGACCUACGAGGUUGACCUCUCUCUGUCCCUGGAGGAGCUGUACACAGGAACCAAGAAGAAGCUGAAGAUUACGCGAACGAGGUACCGAGGCGGACAGAUGUUGAAGGAGGACAACGUCUUGUCGAUCGACGUGAAACCGGGCUGGAAGGAGGGAACCAAAAUCACAUUUGCUGGCGAAGGCGAUCAAGACGGCCCGAACUCUCCUCCGGGCGACGUUGUUUUCGUGGUCAAGACGAAGCCGAAUGGCCGCUUCGUGCGGGAUGGCAACCACCUCAUCCACAAAGUCUCCAUUCCGUUGGUGAAAGCACUGACGGGCUUCACGGUGCCUAUCGAGAGCCUUGACGGACGCUCCUUAAAGGUGAAAGUUGAUACAAUCGUCACUCCCAAGAGCCGAAAGAUCGUGCCCAACGAAGGCAUGCCGAUUUCGAAGCGACCGGGCGAGAAGGGCGACCUCAUUCUUGAGUUCGACAUCCAUUUUCCAAAGAAUUUGACAGAGGACCAAAAGACAAAAUUGAAAGACGUGCUGCCCAACGUUUAG